AUGGCUGAUGUUGCAAAUUUACGUGAAAAUCUCAUGAAACGUGAGUUGUUUGAUGCUCCUGCAGAACUUCAUUUACCUCAAAAGAAAAAGGAGGUGAAACUUGACAAUGAAGUAACUGACAAAACUGGAAAAAAGAAGCGACAAAAUGUUAAACACGAAAAAUCCUCAAAGAAAACCAAACGACACGAACCAGUUAUAAACAAUCUUCUCCAACAAGGAUGGUCUGUUAUCAACCAAAGCCGUUAUCAAAUCACAGUGGUCAAACUUCCCGAAGUUCAAACUAAACUUAAAACGGCAAUUGAGAAGAGGAACGAAAACUGUUCAGAGAGGACUGACUUUCGACUUGGAGUAUCUCGCGAGAAGAAGACAUUAUUACAAAGAUUUGUAAAAAGAUAUCAAAAAGUCAUUGAAAGAUGUUUUACUUGUGGGAAGAAAGAGGAUUGA